UUUAAAAAAAAUACACAGAAACGAGUGCGAGUAGCCUUCUUUUUUGUCUUAAAAACACAUUUAUUUAAACAAAAUAAAUAUCAACAAUCAUGGAUUCUGUUGAAAUGCCCAAAUUACCAGAGAAUCAAAAAUCAUUUGCUGGCAUCCCAGAGGCGGUGUUCCUCAAUGAAAUCGAUGCAUAUAUGUUCCAACCGGAAAAUGAUAAAAAUUGUGAAAAAGUCCUCCAACGUCUCGACGAACAACACGGCAAAUAUAGAUUCAUGGCAUUCAAUUUGGAUGCUAGGAGACGAAAGCUCAAACAACAAAUUCCCGAUUUACAAAAGUCAUUGGAAAUGAUUGAGGUUCUGCGCAAGCAAACCGAAGCAAGAGACACUCAAUUUCUUUUGAGUGAUCAAGUGUUCAUUAAGACCGUUGUUCCACCAACCAAACAUGUGUGUCUUUGGCUGGGAGCCAAUGUUAUGUUGGAAUAUCCUCUGGACGAGGCAGAAGAGUUGUUGAAACAAAAUAUGCAUUCGGCUUUGUCUAAUUUGAAGAGUGUCGAACAUGAUCAAGACUUUUUGAGAGAUCAAAUUACAACAACUGAAGUUAAUAUGGCUAGAGUUUAUAAUUGGGGUGUGAAGAAGAGACAAGCUGCCUCGAAAGAAACUUCGAAUGCUGCUGCUGUUAUGGCAAAUUGAUUUCUUAUCUUAUUGUAAAAGUUAUUGUUCUAAAAUAAAGCAUUGAUACGUUCUUAA